AUGGGGCCGCCCAGGUGGGCUGCUGGCAUCGAUGCCUUCCGCACAGUGCCCAAGGACCUUGCGGAGGCGAGCGCCACCGGGGCGGUGAUGACGCUGGUGGCCGUCGUUACCUGCGCGGUUUUAUUCAUUUGCGAGACCAACGCGUUCCUUCGGGCCGAGCGCCGGACGGACGUAUCGCUGGACAGCAACCAGGACUCAAUGCUCACUAUCAACUUCGAUGUGACCAUGCUUGACAUGGCCUGUGACCACGUGACCGUGGGAGUGUGGGAUGCGUUUGGAAGUGACCGGAUGAAUAUCACCAAGAACAUCCAGAAGCAGCGCAUCGACCACAAGGGGAACGACAAAGGGCACGCGUACAGCGACGAUGAGCUUCUAGAGCUCGACUUCUCUGACAAGACGCUGUCUGCAGAGGACAAAGCUGAGUUGGACUCGGACUGGAGUUCCUCCAGCGAUCAGUUCAAGCACGACAACUUCGAGUCGGUCGUGGACGCCCACGACUACACGUUCGUCAACUUCUACGCGGACUGGUGUCCUCAUUGCAGGAUGUUUGGCCCAACGUGGGAUCAGUUCGAGAAGCAGCUGAACUCCGAGCAAGACCCGGUGGUGGAUGCAGACGGCGUCCGAGCAAAUGUCCGUGCGUUGAAGAUCAACUGCGUUGACUUUGAGGAGACAUGUCAGCAGCAGAAGGUUCAAGCGUUUCCCACGGUCAGGCUCUAUCGUCGAGGAGGCGCUGGCAAGAACUGGGCCGACUUCCGCGGACAGCGGCAGAUGGACGCCCUGGUCAGCUUUGCCAAGGAGGAAGUGAGGAAGCGUCACAUUCACACAGGUGCUCACUACCACGACAUGUUCGCGGAAAGCUGCCGGAUCAAGGGCGUGGUAGAGGUGGCCCGAGUUCCGGGUACACUUCACUUCCAGGCGACUCACAACAGGGAGCGGACCUUGAAUCUGGCGUACACGAAUGUGUCUCACACUGUGCACUCCCUGGUCUUCGGAAACGUCGUUUCUUCACUGAUUGUCGGCGCCUUCCUGCCAACUGAGCUGUCGAAGCACAGAGACCCUCUGGCAGGGCGCAGCUUCACAGUCCCGAGGUUUCAUCAAGCGCCGCACCACUACCUCAAGGUGGUUCACACGAAGUUCGGUUCGAGCAAGAUGUACCAGCAGACGCACCAGUGGAGCGCGCGCAACGUGGCUCGAAAUGCAGUGCCCCAGGCGAAGUUUUCCUACGACCUCUCCCCGGUGGAAGUCACGAUCUCUUUGUCGCGGCGGAGGCUUCCCGGUGGCAAAGCUGCAGUGCAGGCUUCCAUCAACAAGCUGGGGAGAAUCACUUGCACGUUGUACCUUGUACUGCAUCUCGGCCCACAGCCUCCAACUCUCGCGGUCCCUGCGGCUCGCGGCAACCGGCGUGAGGGCCUCCGAGCGCACCCGGACUGCGGUGGCUCGCUCCUUCAGUUCCGGGCAGUGAUGAAUGCCUACUCGGUGCUGAUGCAGUGCCAGCCGGGUUUGGGGUGCAGCCUCGUGGAAGGCCAGUGCUCCCCCUGCCACCGGCAGCUACGAAAGCUCCCGACAAAGCGGAGCCUCGUGGCGCUGAGCGGCAAGGCGCCGAAGCUGACGAAGCUUCAGCUUUGUCUGAGCCGCCUCGAAUCCGCACUUCGGUCGGUGCCCGCCGAGGAGCGGCGAGAGGCUUUAGACCGAUUGAAGCCGUCCGUACGGGCGGCACUCUACCGACAUAUGCAGGCCGGCCAUUCCAGAAGAGGACUUGCUCCGGCGCUUUGCUACGCGCAGGGCCGAGUUCGGUGGCAGGACCGCUGCUAUGCCAGCCACCUGGAGCGGGUCCAGCGUGACACUGGUAUCUAUUACCGGGUAAGACAGGGGCUUGGGCCUGUGGAAGCCCGGACUCAGUAUGUCUCGAGCCUGGAGAGGUCCUUGGACAUGUUGGUGGCCUUGACCCGGGUCCAGGCCACCGUCCGCGCAAAAGUUGCCGCCGUUUGCAUGGAAGAUGUCGAGCAGUUUGUUGGUGCGUUUGAGAGCGCUUGCUUGAGCCUCGCCACGAAGCCGGAGAUGCAGCUGUCCUUCAGGGCAGUGCUGCACUGCUCGAUGAGGUUGGAGGGGCCCUAUACCAAGCUGCGGAAUGCCCUGCAUCAUCGUCUCCAUCUGAUUAGGGCUGCCGGUCGGGGUUGGCCAUUCCUGCGGGAGGCGCUGACGGAGAUGCGGCGAUGUCCGAACAAGAGGAGGCUUCGAACCCUGUCGGUUACGGAGGCCGCAGCGUCCGUGGAUGGCGCCUACGCGAAGCGGUUCAAGGCUCGCUUAGAGAGGGCCUCGAGGGCCACAGAGGCGCGCUUGGAGAUCGCCUCGAAGGCGUCGGUGGCCGCACGUCGCAGACAGGUGUCGGCGAAACUUGCUGAAACAUGCCGGCGGCGGUCUUUCCGGGCUCAGCAACAUGCGCCCAGAAGAGACUGA